AUGGAUGAGCCAAGUAAUAGUGAACAGCCGGUUGUGCAAUUUCCUGCUAGCCUGGAUCCAAAGGAUUACUCGGCGGAUCAGGUCACUGAAAUGGAACGAAUGGCCAGUGUCCUUAUGUCACCAUCAUCCAGCGUGACACCAGAAGCUCGCAGACAUGCGGAGCAGUUUUUCGUUCUCCUGCACGAGACGCAAAUGUCGCCGGAAUAUUGCCGCUUGGUAAUCGAGUCAACAACCAAUGAAUUUGUGGUCUUCGAAAUGGUUCAAAAUUUUGUUUCAAACAUCUUCCGACAAUGGGUCCUGCUCGAAGCUCCUCUUGUUCGACAGUGUUUUGAAUAUUUCUUUUCUGGAGCUGUACGCCAUUUCAGGUCCAAUUACAGGGGUUCAAAGCUACUUCGCACGGAAAUGUUACGGGCCUGCGCAAAGCUGCUCAAACGAUCAAUUUUUGAUUCGAAAGCAUGUGAUGCAACUACGCUGGAUCAGACAGUUCACUUCUUAAUUGCAAAUGAAGAUCCAGACCUUCAAGUACUUGGUUGUGAAUAUAUUGAAGCAAUUGCCACCGAGUUUGGAACUUCUUGGCGUGCUGCCAAUCUUGGCAUCACAUUCGAUUUCCAUCUUCGUGCACGACGUACUUUUGAGCAACGCAUGUGCGAGAAUUUUUUACGUGUGGCCGAACUUGUUCUGUCCUGGAAUUUUGAAGAACAUCGUUUUCCGAUACGUAUCUCAUACGCCGAUGAAUCGUCACCAGCAGCUACACUUCGACCACCAUAUUCUUGGAAAGAAAUCUUUCGCUCCGAUAAUUUUCUGUGUAUUUUCUUCGAGUUACACAAACGUGUACGUCAUAAGGAAACGAUGCGUACAUCGUCGAUGAACUGUCUCAUCCAGCUAUCAUCAUUGAUGGGUGUUGUGCUGAUGUAUGAGGAUCCUGUUGAUUCUGCCGAACCUUUAGGUCUACUUGACAGUGAACUAAUUGGCGUUUCGUUGAUAAUCUACAAAUUGAUAACUUAUCAUCAGAUAUAUGCAUUUGGUCGUAUCGGAGAACCAUUCGUGAAA